AUGGAUGACAAUCAGGAAUUAGGGAACUGGCUUGGAGAUCACGGAGGAGUGACCACUGAGGAAGAGCAGGCAGAUUUCAGGUAUGUGCUCCAAUACUCACUCAUUCUUCUCUGUUCAUUCAGCCCAGGCUCUAGAGAGAGCUAACAUCUUCACCCCGAUUUCGCCCCUUCCCCGUCCUCCAGUGGCUACUCUCUCUGGGACUGGCGGUUUGACGGUGCUAUGGAAGCUGGUGUUCCGGACCCCUUUCCACUCCAGCAGCUCCCCUCCGACCAUUUCUUCCCCUCCCAAGACCUCUUACAAGGUGAAGUUCCCUCUCUCUCUCUCUCUCUCUCAGUAUAUUCAAUGGCUUGAUGGAUAACUUUCCUCACGCUUUCUAUGCAGAUUUCAGCUCCACCUUCUGCGUUGAGAGCGUCGUCGGAGACAUCGCCGGCGUAAAGGACCCCCAUCUCGACGUCGCCGGCCACGAAGACAUCGAGAGCAAGAAGGUGGAGGUCGCCGCCGGGGGGGAGAGGGAAGAGAGGGCCAUGACCUUCGAGGAGGUGUCGAGGUACUUCUACGUUCCGAUAACUGUGGCGGCAAAGGAGCUCAAGAUGGGCCUCACGCAGCUGAAGAAGAAGUGCCGGGAGCUGGGCAUCCCCCGCUGGCCUCACCGGAAGAUGAAGAGCCUACAGGUCCUCAUCGCCAACGUCCAGGUGGGUGACUCAGAAUAGCUCCCCCUUGCCAUACCCGUGGAAACGACGACGGGAAGACUCUUCCGCUCAUCGGCGACUGACUGGUUCUGAGUCGGACGCUCUGCAAAUGCAAAACCAGGAGCUGGGGAGAGAAGACGGGGAGAUGGGAGAGACGCAGCUGCAGCGGGCGAUCGAGAUUCUGGAGAGGGAGAGGGAGGCAAUAGAGAGGGUGCCCGGGACCCAGCUGGAGGAGAAGACCAAGAGGCUGAGGCAGGCCUGCUUCAAGGCCAACUUCAAGAAGAGGAGGCAGAGCAAGCCCGGCGCCGCCGCCGUUGCCGGCAGGCGAGAUCCGGUGAGGGCUUCUUGAUCGUCGGCCACCGGAGUUCCCUGCGCGAAGAAUCUUACUUUCCUCUCCCGUCGGGAACCAUGUCGCCGAAAUGUGA